GCGGGGACAGAAAGAAGGAGCGCGCCUUCCGGCAGGAUGGCGGCUGUGCUGCCCGGGGCGCGGCCCGGCCCCGCGCGUCGCGCCCUGCCCCGCGCCUGCUGAAGCUCCGCGUCCUGUGCGGGAGGCGGCGGGGCUGGGCGGCCGGGACUGCGGGCGGGUCCGCUCCCGCCCUGCUCUGCGGGCCCGCGAGGGCAGCUGCCGCGCUGUGAGAGAACAGCUUUAGAGAGAGAUGCCAGAAUGCUGAGAAUUAUGAGGAAAUUUUCGGUGAACCCAUUGAAGUUCUCAAGUUUGUGCAAUGAGCAUUUCUAUUUCAGGAAGACAAAAAUGAGAGUCCUAAGUGUGAUACCACAAAAAUGUGGUCUAAGGAACUAUAGUUCUCCACCAGGAGAUGUUAAAUCUCUGCGUUCUGUCAUUAAUCCUCAUAUAUCCAGAAUCCGAAACAUUGGCAUCAUGGCCCACAUUGAUGCAGGGAAAACUACAACAACAGAGAGAAUGCUGUAUUAUUCUGGAUACAUAAGGACACUUGGAGAUGUUGAUGAUGGGGACACAGUGACAGAUUUUAUGGUACAGGAGCGAGAACGUGGUAUUACCAUUCAGUCUGCUGCUGUUACGUUUGACUGGAAGGACUUCAGAAUCAAUCUGAUUGACACCCCAGGUCAUGUGGACUUCACUGUGGAAGUUGAGCGUUGCUUGAGAGUCCUGGAUGGAGCUGUGACAGUGUUUGAUGCUUCAGCUGGUGUUGAGGCCCAAACACUGACAGUGUGGAGACAAGCAGACAAACAUCAGAUACCACGGAUUUGCUUUUUGAACAAGAUGGACAAAAACAGGGCAAGUUUUAGGUGUGCUGUUGAGAGUAUCAAACGAAAGUUGAAUACAAAACCUUUGCUUUUACAGUUGCCCAUUGGGGAAGCCAAGACCUUCAGAGGACUGGUUGAUGUGGUGACUAAGGAACAAAUAAUUUGGAAACCUACUUCUGAUAUGGAUGAUGGAAAAAAAUUUGAGCAAAAGCCACUGCUGGAGGCUGAUGAUCCCAACCUAUUCCAAGAAGUCCAGGAUGCCAGAAAUACCUUAAUAGAACAAGUUGCAGAUCUGGAUGAUGAAUUUGCUGAACUGGUUCUUGGAGAACAUAGUGAAAAUUUUGACUUUAUACCAGCUGACAAGUUACAGUCUGCUAUCCGCAGAGUCACGCUAGCACAGAAGGCAGUGCCCGUGCUCUGCGGCAGCGCGCUGAAGAACAAAGGAGUGCAGCCCUUACUGGAUGCUGUCACUAUGUACUUGCCUGCACCUGAUGAGCGUUCCUACCCGUUUCUACAAUGGUACAAGGAUGACUUGUGUGCCCUGGCGUUUAAAGUUCUCCACGAUAAAUGUCGUGGACCACUAGUUUUCGUUCGCGUUUACUCGGGUUCACUGAAACCUCAAUCGGCUGUAUAUAAUAUUAACAAAAAUUGCAUUGAGAGAAUGAGCCGGCUGCUUCUGCCUUUUGCUGAUCAGCAAAUUGAAAUACCAUCGCUAAUGCCUGGCAACAUUGCCCUUACUGUUGGGUUGAAGCAGAGUGCCACUGGAGAUACCAUAGUGUCAUCAAAGGCUUCAGCAGUAGCUGCAGCACGCCGAGCUGGAAGGGAUGCUGGGGGAGAGAAGAGGUCUACCAGUGAUGUAGAGAGCCUUCUGCUGGCAGGCGUUGAGAUCCCUGACCCUGUCUUCUUCUGUACAAUUGAACCGCCUUCAGUGGCCAAACAACAAGACUUGGAUAACGCAUUGAGCUGCCUUCAACGUGAAGAUCCAAGUUUAAAAGUGAAGCUAGAUCCUGACACAGGACAAACUAUUCUUUGUGGCAUGGGAGAGCUGCACAUAGAGAUCAUUCAUGACCGAAUCAAACGUGAAUAUGGAAUUGAGACUUAUUUGGGACCUCUUCAGAUAGCAUACAGAGAAACCAUUCUAAAUGCUGCCCAAGCUACAGAUAUAUUGGACAAAACAGUAGGAGAUAAACGACACUUUGUAACUGCAGAGUUAGAGGUGAGGCCCAGGUUAGGGGAGAGAGCAAGGACAAAACCUGUCAUUGAGUAUUCUGCGAGUGUCAUUGAAGAACUACCCAAAGAACUCCAAGGAGCUGUAGAAAAUGGCAUCACAAAUUCAUGCAUUCAAGGGCCCUUGCUUGGGUUCCCAGUUCAGGAUAUAGAUGUGACAGUGCAGUCACUGACGGUGCAUCCUGACACUUCCCACACAAUGGUAUCAGCCUGUGUCUCCCGUUGCAUGCAAAAGGCUUUGAAGAAAGCUGGUAUACAAAUACUGGAGCCCGUGAUGAACCUAGAAAUCACAGUGGGUGAAGACCAUCUCAGUGCAGCACUCACUGACCUUGCACAGCGGAGAGGCAGCGUUCAGGAAAUCCAGAGUCGUCAAGAUAACAGAGUUGUGAUUGCUGCUGUCCCACUAGCAGAGAUGAUGGGCUACUCAACAGUUCUGCGUUCUCUAACAUCAGGCUCAGCCACCUUCACUUUGGAGCUCGCCAGUUACCAAGCCCUGAACAGUCAAGAACAAAGUGCACUUCUUCAGAGGAAGAUGGGAUUGGUGUGAUAGCUUUACUCUGUAGAACAACAAUGAUAUUUUCUAUCCUCCCUGUUAAAUAUUUUCAGGAGCCUAUUUAUGUACACCAGUAUGUUCUUCUGGGACCAACUGGUUGUGGUAAAAGAUGAAUUAGUAUGUGUAUGAGUAGACAGGACUUUUAACUGCCCAACAGAAGGCACAGCCCUGUAAUUGCAAAGCAGCUGAACUAGAGGUGCAACCACCAUUUGCUGCUUUGUAAAUUCUUACCUUACAGCUGUCUGAAAUAAGUGAUGCAAAUCCUCUUCACAGAAAUAAGCACCAGGUACAUCUUAAUGUGCCACUAGGACCGUUUUCUUUCUUUAAGUAAGGUUUGUGACGUUUAUCUCUAUAAAUUAAGUAACUUUACAGUUCUGGCAGGCUGUAUUGUGAUUUGUUUUCAGACGAGUAAAAUAAUAUGGUUAAUAAGCAUCUUAAACUCUAACCCAACAUAUUACUUCCUAUUUUGUUAGAAACCAGUUUGAACCGGAGUUCAGGACUGGGUGUAACUUCUACCUGAGUUUGCUUUAGCAAAAAAAUGGAAUGAAUACUUCUGCAAAUUGAGUAAGAUCUGUGCAAAACAGUAUCAGAAAGGCAGAGCUCUCUCAGAACACUGAUCCCUACCUACCAUCUUGGAGUAUGUUGAGGGACGAUUGGUUUUGACCCUUACGAACAAGUGAUGCAAGAUGGAGUGGUUCUGAGUUGCCCUGUGUUACAAAUCAGCAAUUUACUGGUUCCACAGAAAAGUAGCAAAUCAUAAGAUACUUUGAAAUAAAAAGGUAUUUUGUUCUUUA